CCUGAGGGCAUGGAUGUGAUGGAAGUCUGACCUUAGUUCAUUCAACAUUUCUAUGCUCUGCGUGAGGCAUUAAGCUAGGCAUUGGGACUAUACGAAUCCCACCUUUACGGUAUUACUGAGAAGACGGAAGGAGGCAAAGGAGAUAGAAGAUAACAUGUAGGACAACUAGAAAGUCUCAAAGGGUUUUGGGAGCUCGGGUGACACUUCAAAGUGGCCUAAGACAUCACAGAAAACUUCUUGAAGAGCUGACAUCUAAGUUUUGAAGGAAGAUAACUAGUUAGCAAGCCUAGAGGGCAGUGGACGGAGAUGAGGCUCCAGAGGUCGGGGUUCACUAGAUCACACGGGGAGGAGGAGGUUUUAGGCUUGAACUUGCACCUUAGAACAAGUGGGAAAGACCGGACAGAGAUUGGACUAGGGCUCUAGGAGCACCAGCUCCUUGGAAAAACACCCUCGCUUGGUGCCUUGUGACCAGGACCCCGGGGAUCAUUAGCUGAAGGAGAUACCUAGUCCCACAGGGAGAUGGUGCGGUGCCCUAAGACGGGCGGCUGUAAGUCUGCCCCGCCUCAAGCGCUCGGAGCCCCGGCUGGCAGAGAACGCGGAGCGGCCGCCUCGGAAGUGACGCGCUGCCGCGCUGGCGGUGCGGAAGUGGAGAUGGCGGAGCUGUACGUGAAGCCGGGCAACAAGGAGCGCGGCUGGAAUGAUCCGCCGCAGUUCUCUUACGGGCUGCAGACCCAGACUGGCGGACCCAAGCGCACGCCGCUCACCAAGAGGAUCGCCGCCCCCCAGGAUGGAUCCCCGAGAGGACUCCAUAAGGAAAGGUUGGGAUCCCAGGAAGGAGGUCAGGGCAGGCGCUUUUCUGAGUUUCCCUUCUGCUGCUCAGUUGCUACCUCAGAGACUUCUGGGCCCCCUCCAAUGGGGCCUCCACCUCCUUCAAGUAAGGCCCUCAGGCUCCCACCUGUGGGGAGCUGCCCUGCCUCCAAUGUGGAACCCAUGGGUUUUCCAGUCACUGAAUCUGAGGCUUUGAUAGAGGAUGUGCUGAGACCUUUGGAACAAGCAUUGGAGGACUGCCAUGGCCACACAAGGAAGCAGGUAUGUGAUGACAUCAGCCGACGCUUGGCACUGCUACAGGAACAGUGGGCAGGAGGAAAGUUGUCAACUCCUGUAAAGAAGAGGAUGGCACUACUGGUGCAAGAGCUUUCAAGCCAUCGGUGGGAUGCAGCAGAUGACAUCCACCGCUCACUCAUGGUUGACCAUGUGACUGAAGUCAGUCAGUGGAUGGUGGGAGUUAAAAGAUUAAUCGCAGAAAAAAGGAGUCUGUCUUCAGAGGAAGAGACAAAUGAAGAGAAAUCUGAGGUAGCAGCUGAGAACCAGACCAUACCAGGCUUUCAAGAGGCUCUAUAAUCCUGGUGGUUCCCCAGACUCACACCAUCUGCUAGGCCUUGGUGCGGGAGGUCUUUUCUCACUUGGCUCCCUUUUACCAUCAGAGAGACUGUCCCAUUGGGCCUGGGCUACAGGGAGGUCACUUGUAACUAUAACGUGCAUUUCAAUAAAAAACAUCUCAAUGGUGGGCACUGGGCAGCAAA